AUGAUCAGGGACUUCCUCUUUCCUAAAGUUGGUGAUACAACAAUGCACCGAGAAGUUCUGGAGUUAGCCCACUUGAUAUGUUACAACUCGGUAUUCCAAUUCAAUGGGAUCAUGUACAAACAACGUAAAGGUAUUCCAAUGGAAAGUCCAGUUUCUGGAAAUCUUUGCGAGAUGGUAGUCAGACAAUUAGAAAACAACAUUCUUCCUCGCUUCCUACCCAAUAUGCUACUAUAUAAACGUUACACAGAUGACAUCAUCAUCCUGUGGAAGUCUAAACUGAAUCUUAAACAGUUUGUGGAUAUGGUGAACAGCAAUCCUUACGGACUGUUGUUUGAAAUAGAGCAGCACAGCAAAUCAAAUGUCCAUUUUUUGGAUAUCGAAAUCUCCUUUGAAGGUCCGAACAUACACACGGCAGUAUACCAAAAAACCAGUAACACCACAACGUAUAUUCCGAUGGGAUCCUGUGAUCCUUUUCAGUACAAGGUAGCAGCCUUUAGGUCUUUGGUCAAGAGGGCUUUUACACACUCCUCCUCUAUCCAAGCGCUAACUCAAUAA